AAAAAAAAGAUGAUGCAGUUUUUAGUCCUGGGAGUUUUCAUCCUCGGAGCAAUUCUUCUUCUUAUACUCGUACUCCGCGAGUUGUAUUAUGAGGCCGCCAAGGGAAAAAAGGCAUUGGACGAAGAGGAAGGCCCUCUAAUCCCGAGAAUUUCAUAUUACCAUGACAAUCCAUCGGACGAAAAGGAAGAGGAAACCAGUGUACCUUGUGCUAGCCCUCAGUGUAUUCAGAAUUUGGAUAUCAGUCGCCUUCAACUUCAACAAGCUUCCGCCACAGGGAUUAUUCACAUUAGCAAAACGAAAAUUAUGUGUUCUGAAACUACACCAAAAAAUGGAUUCUACGCAGGAGACGAGUUUGACUUGGGAGGAGUACAGAAGGAUAGCGAUUCAGAUUAGAAUGCAUGUGAAUUGUUUCUAUAUACAAAAAAUUUGUUUAUCUCUUUUGAUACCUUUAGUUUGGUUUUUUCCUAUUUUAUAAAAAGGGACACGUAAAAGGUUUGUACACUAAUUGGCGACUUCAAUAUUUUCUAAACCAAAAUGGAAAAUUGUCAGAAUCCGAA